AUGGUUAGGACUAGAGGAUUAGGUCGUGUCUUAGGUCAAGUCACUGGCAGAGGUGUGGGCAGAGGAGAUCGUGAUGAUUCUGAUGAUGCUCCGCAGGGUCGACGGCCUACUGCAUCCACACGGAGGCAGCUAGUCGCUGUGACUGCGGAUCACGUCGAUGAGCCAGUCAUCCCUGCGCCAGAUGUUCAGGAUGACCCGAUGGAGGCACCAGCUGCUGUAGAGGACAUUCCUGCGGACACAGGCGCAGAGGCUGCUGAGGAUGAGCAUGAGGGAUUUCCGGGUGGUCCGAGCGACCUAUCCGUGUUGACCCUGUAUGCAGAUCACGUUGCUUGCAGCGUAUGGACGGGAGAGGAGCGUCCUGAAUUGAAGCUAUCCUCUCAUGGGAGGAAGGUCCAUAGUUUAGGCAGGCUUGUCCCUGCCAUUGAGGGACUUAUUGCUGGUACAGGACUAAGUCCUCUGAUCACGUGUUCGGUAGACAUCGGUGAUCGGGGACUUUUGUCCGUGUUUGUGGAGCGGUGCCACCGGGAGACGUCUAGUUUCCAUCUCCUGGUGGGAGAGCUCACCAUCACGCUGGAUGACGUCUCCUCACUUCUCCAUCUGCCCGUGAUUGGAGACUUACACGCCUUUCAGCCCUUGCACGUGGACAAUGCGGUUCAGAUGCUGGUCGACUUAUUGAUGGUCUCUAUAGAGUCUACCAGGGCUGAGACAGCCCAGUGUCGUGGAUCGUACGUACGCCUGCAAUGGAGUGCAACCAAUGUGCAUGUUGUCUACUUGGAGGCCCUUCGUGACCUCAGUAUGACAGAGAGGUACGCCUGGGGAGUGGCUGCUCUGGUUCAUAUGUAUGACCAGCUGAACGAUGCAUCUAUGAGCCACAGUCGACAGCUUGGCGGUUACAUCACACUGCUGCAGUGCUGGAUUUACGAGCACUUUCCCUCGGUCGCGGAGUCCACCGCUGAUCAGGACUACGACGAGGCUUCCCCGGGUGCGUGCAAGUGGAUUACGACGAAGAAAACCGUAAAGAGCAUUCGCACGCCGACGUACAAGGAGCGCCUGGACCGACUCCGGAUUCCGGAUGUCUGUUGGAUCCCUUAUGGGGAGCAUCGGGAGGUCCGGGACUUUCACGUCAGAUCAUGCUAUUCCGGUCUCUUGCGCUGGGGGCCUAUUGUUGUUUAUUACCGACCAGAGAGGGUCGUGCGGCAGUUUGGCUACACGCAGACUAUUCCUGCUCCUCCUGUCGAUUCAUGGGUCUCGUAUGAUGAUAUACACGACAGGUGGAUGCACUACGAGGAUCAUAUCGUACCAGCAGGUGAGGUGUGCGUUGUGCCAGAGGCGUGUUCCAGUGACUACAUGGACUGGUUCUUCCGCAUCUCCCAUCCUUUCAUGACACCAGGCCACGCAUUAGAUCCUCUACCUCAUGGUCACGCCUCACAGCCCCGAGUCGUCCCUCAGGCCCCGUAG